CUGAGAACGCGGAGCGGAGAGCGGAGCGUGGAGCGGCGCUGAGAACGCGGAGCCGCGCUGAGGACGCGGAGCGGAGAGCGGAGCGUGGAGCGGCGCUGAGGACGGGGAGCGGAGCGCAGAGAGGAGCGCAGAGCCGCGCUGAGGACGCGGAGCGCGCAGCGGGCCCGCGCUCGGAGCGAUGGCGCGGGCGGCGGGCACGGAGAGCAGCUAACGGCGGAGGAGCCCCCGGGGCAGCGGGCCGUGCCCCGGCCCCUCGCAGCCCCUCGGCAUGGCGCGGGCGGCCCGGCUGCUGCUCGCAGCGCUGCUCUGCGGAGUGACAGAGUGUCGAGGGGUGCUGGACAAUAAUCAGCGAUUUUCUUCGUUACCAACGUACCUCCCUGUGAGCUAUCGGCUCUUCAACGCCGAGACUUCCUUCUUCCUCAAGGAGGCCAACCAGGACUUCAUGAGGAACUCCAGCCUGCAGUCCCGGGUGGAGUCCUUCUUCCCCUACAAAGCCAGGAGACCUCCGGUGCUGAACGCCAGCUACGGCCCCUUCUCCGUGGAGCAGGCGGUGCCCCAGGACCUCCUGCCCACCUCCAACCCCUUCGGCUCCGAUCGGAAGAGCGUCGUCCCCCUGCGCGUCUUCGCCUUCCGCGAGACGCGCCAGGUGCGCGGCAGCUGCCGCCUGCGGGGGGACCUGGGGCUCUGCGUGGCGCAGCUGGAGCUGCUGCCCGCCUGGUUCAGCCCCCCCAGCGCGCCCACGGGCCGCAGGAAGCAGCUGGAGCAGCUGCAGGGCAGCCCCGUGGAGCUCUACUACACGGUGCAGCCCGGGGACGAGAAGGGCGAGUGCACGGCCGAGGACGCGCGGAAGGGAAACGCCAUCCGGCCCGGGAAGGAUGGCGGGGAUGAGAGCGUGUCCCACCUGCAGAGGAUCGGCUCUGUCAGCCUCUACCACGGGCAGGAGGCCUCCCAGCUGACAGAGCUGCGGCUGGACGGCAACGUGGUGCUCUGGCUGCCCUCCAAGCCCGUCAAACAGGGCGAGGUGGCGAACGUGUACGUGACCAUCGCCAACAACUCCACGGUGGAUCAGUUCAUCCUCAGGGCCAAGGUGAAGAAGGGUGUGAACAUCCUGGGUGCAAGGACGAGUGACCCCCGGCAGUGGGACGUGAAGCAGGAGGUGGGCAAUGGUGGGAAGCACUCCACCACUACAGUUCUCUGCCAGAGGAUUGCCCCAGGUUCAAGGAACAGGAGCACCAGCCUGUUCCACGAGGUGGUGCAGCUGGCCUUUGAGAUCACCAGCUUCAGCAGCCUGUCGGGCACGCAGCCCAUCAGCUGGCAGGUGGAGUAUCCCCGGCACGGCGCCUCCGAGCCCGCCCUGGCAGAGAUCUUCAUCUGCCAGAAGGACCUGGUGGCCAUCGUGCCCCUGGCCAUGGACACGGAGAUCCUGAACACGGCCAUGCUGACGGGCAGGACGGUGGCAGUGCCCAUCAGGGUGGUGUCCAUCGAGGAGAACAGCGCCGUCACCGACAUCUCCGAGGCCGUGGAGUGCAAAUCCUCGGGGGAGGACGUCAUCAAAGUCUCUGACAGGUGUGACUAUGUUUUUGUCAACGGCAAGGAGAUGAAAGGCAAGGUGAAUGCCCUGGUGAACUUCACCUACCAGUACCUGAGUGCUCCCCUGCAGAUCACAGUCUGGGUGCCUCGCCUGCCCCUGCAGAUCGACAUUUCUGACACGGAGCUCAGCCAGAUCAAAGGCUGGAGAGUCCCUGUUGUUUCCAACAAAAGGCCGGCCAGGGACAGCGAUGACGAGGACGAGGAGGAGCGCAGGGGCCGGGGCUGCACCCUGCAGUACCAGCACGCCAUGGUCAGGGUGCUCACGCAGUUCUUCGUGGCCGAGGACUCGGGGCCCUGGGGCCAGCUGAGCUACCUGCUGGGCUCAGACUGGCAGUUUGACAUCACUGACCUGGUGAGGGACUUCAUGAAGCUGGAGGAUCCUCACAUUGCCAGGCUGCAGGAGGGCAGGAUCCUCGUCGGCCGCGAAGUGGGGAUGACCACGAUGCAGGUUUUGUCUCCUCUGUCUGACUCCAUCCUGGCAGAGAAGACAGUGACAGUGCUGGAUGACAAAGUGACCAUCACAGACCUCGGGGUGCAGCUGGUGUCUGGGCUCUCUCUCUUCCUGCAGCCCAGUGCAGCCACCAGCAGGGCCAUAGUGGCCACAGCUGUUGCCCAAGAGCUGCUUCAUACUCCUAAGCAGGAGGCCGUGGUGAGCACCUGGAUCCAGUUCAGCGACAGCUCCGUCACCCCGCUGGACAUUUACGACCCCAAGGACUUCUCGCUGUCGGCCGUGUCGCUGGACCGGGGCGUGCUGUCGGUGCAGCAGGGCGCGGCGCUGCGCUGGCCCGUGGUGGCGGCCGAGGGCGAGGGCCAGGGCGCGCUGCUCAGGGUGGACAUGCUCAUCUCCGAGGCCUGCCAGAAGUCCAAGAGGAAGAGCGUGCUGGCCGUGGGCAGCGGCAGCGUCCGGGUGAAGUUCGGGCAGAACGACGCGGACGCGGCGGCGGGCGGCGACUACGGCGAGGGGGAGAUGGAGAACCGCGCGAGCGAGCGGCGCCACAGGGGCUGGGAGCAGGAGCGCCAGGGCCAGCACCAGGCCGCGGGCGACAGGGACGAGGGGACCCUCAGGAAGGCCGGCACCACCGCCAGGUCCGUCCUCAGGAAUAAAGCGGCGAGGAACGACCGGCCGGACGGCGGCAAGCUCUCGGACGACGGCCAGCUGCAGAACAUCCCCAUCGACUUCACCAACUUCCCCGCGCAGGUGGAGCUGCCCAAAGGAGGGGCUGGCGUGGAGGACAGCGAGCUGGUGCAGACGCCCCGGGGCCUCAGCGACCUGGAGAUCGGCAUGUACGCCCUGCUGGGCGUCUUCUGCCUGGCCAUCCUGGUGUUCCUGAUCAACUGCGCCACCUUCGCGCUCAGGUACCGCCACAAGCAGGUGCUGGUGGAAGGCCAGAGCACCGUGACCCACUCCCACGACUGGGUGUGGCUGGGCACCGAGGCGGAGCUGCUGGAGAGCGCGGCCGAGGCGCACUCGCCCACCUCCAAGAGGAAGAGGGUGAAGUUCACCACCUUCACCACCAUCCCGCCCGACGACGGCUGCCCCACCGUCAACUCCAUCCUGGGCGGCAACGACGAUGACAUUAAGUGGGUGUGCCAGGACAUGGAGCUGGGGGACUCCAAAGAGAUACGAAACUACGCGGGGAAGUUCAAGGACAAAGCGUAGCUCUCCCUGCUGGGGUUUUUCUGGGUUUAACCACACCUCGAUGCCUUCAGUUCUACAGUAUAUAUUGGGACGGGCGACGGGGAGGGGAAGGGGUCGCCAGCAGAAGCGAUGAGGCAGUUUUUUAUAAUCAGGGAAAGAAAUUUGCCAAACUGUCCGUGGUUUGUUUUUGUUUUUCACUUUGUUCCGUUGUUUUACUGUUUGUUUUUUUUUUCCCCGUGGUUUUUCUGCUUCUCAUGGAUUUAGGAAGUGGAAUACAAAUAGCAGAAAGGAACAGGGAAAUGCUGUGACCAAUACGAUGAACUGGGCAAGAUGUGAAAAUUCAUUUUAUGGGUCAUACAAAUAAUAAUGGUAGUAAUAUUUCACAGUACCAAAAAUAGCUGUGAAAAGAAAUGGGAGAAUACAAGAGCGUGAAAAGAAUAAGCAAGAGGCAAACAAUACCUGGUUCUGGUUCCAAUAAAACAUCACAUGUGACCCACAGGGGGACUUCUCGUAUUGGUACUCGAGCUGUUUCUUUUCAUUCCCUCUUUGGAAAUGAAGAUGUGUCUUUGGCAUUACGUGUGAAGGAGGAAGAAAUUACCUGGUAUUCUCAUUUUCACUUUCCCAUUUGUCUUGUAAAUUGAAACAGAAUCAUUUUCCCUCUUGUAUUUUCCUUUUAAAUAUCUUGAAAACAGGAAAAUUUAAAAUUCAGUAAGUUCGCAGUGGGCCAAGAACAUUCCGUUUCUAAGUUAGCUGUAAACAGUCUCCUGUCAUUUAAAGAAUUCAGGGGAUAAGUAUUGACUAAUAAUUUCCACGUGGUGUCUCUUCCGAAAGCCUGAGCCUGCAUUCCACCCUAGCUAGAAAGAUGUUCUGCUUGGAAGAAUUUUCAUUUUCCUUUCAGGUCUGGAUUAUUUGUUUAGUUGCUCGUUUUAAAUUUCCACAACCAAAGUUCCUGUGUGUUUCACCAAGGGAAGAAGGUGCUGGUUUUUUGUUAGCUUUUACAAGUCCCAAGCAGUGGGAGAGCCCAACUGGUGCAUCCUAAAAUGUACCUGGAACUGAGACCUUCACAGGCCAAAUGUGUACAGCUGGAGUUGGGCUGUUGGUUUGUUUGGUUUUGGGGUUUUUUGUUAUGCCAGGUUCAUGAAUUCAUAAUUUUGUGCUGUAAUUUUCUCUUUAUUCUGAUGUCACCAGCUCUCAUCAAGCAGUGGAAGCAAGAAGAAGGAUGGACAGAAAGACCCUGAUUGCCCCCAGCCUUUAAUAAUUCCCUUGUACUGGGAGAGCUGGGCUCUGGGCACACUGGAGGGAGGGAGGGAGGGAAAUACUGCUGAAGCAAGACCAAGAAAUACCUGGAGAUAUUUUAUACAUUUUGGGGUUGGUUUUUUUUUUGCCAUUGGACCAGCUAAGACUGAAAAGUUUUGACUAGAUUUUAAAUCUGAUGCUUUGAAUAAACAAAGACCAGCCCAGUAACAAAUCGGAAGUGAAUACAAACCAGAGAUUGAAUUCCUGCUGUGAACUGGCAGAACUGCGUUCACUCAGUGCCAGCUCACAGAUCAAAAUCUAUUCCAUGAGGAAACCACUGUCCUCCCAAAGCUCUCCUGACUAAAAGCAGUAUUAUAUCAGUGUUCUGCCCUGACUGACAGCCAGCAGCACUUGCCUCGUCCUGUCUUUGCCAUGUAUUUCGUUAUUUUGGGGUUUUUAAUUACUAAACUCCGUAGUUUGGUUUUUUAUUUGUUUUGUUUUGUUUUGUUUUUUUUACUUGGACAAAGUCAAUCCUGCCACCCAAUAACAUAGAUGGACGUUUUAACAAGAUAUGCCUAGUAUGCAUUGUAGACUGAAAGAAUGUAAUAUUUAUUUAUACCUGUUAUAUGAAUUGUAAUUAAAAUGCUU